AUGGAAGCUUCUCAAAACGAAUCACGACGAUCUGUACGAAGAAACAUAUCUCUUUUAUCUGCCAUAGCAAGAAGGGCUAAUGAAUGGACUGUCUUAGAUGACCUUAAUGAUGAAGAGAGAAAAGCGCUUGAUAUCAAAGGUCUCAAUGAAAUUAUUUCUUUUGACUUUCCGGAGGUUAUCCGUAAAUUGAAGCUAGAAUCGUAUGCAAAGUUCUUGGUUACUCUUGAAGAGGAAAUCAAGUUUCCAUUAAUGUUCCGACCGACACCUGCUAUGAUUUUUAAUCUGAAUGAGAUCAGUUUUCUAGGAACAAAACCGAUGAAAGAACAUGCUGAGAGAGUGAAAUCAAAUUUGAUACAAGUCGUGACAAAAGAAAUAAAUAGAAAAUAUUGUGCAGACACACCACUAAUACAUCUCUCCGACGGUGAAUUCAACGUGCUUCUUACUCUCCGACCCCUUCUUGAUGGUGUCAAAUAUCCCGAUACUGUUAUGGCUUUACAUUGGAAAGUUAUCGAAAAUAAACUUGACACACAUUUGGAUAAGCUAGCAACAGAUCACGAUUUUGAAAUAGAGAAUAUACGCUGGAUAAUACGCCUUCAAACGGAUGACAAUUCACCAGAAUUCAUAAGAAACAAAGCUCUGAAGCUACGUAAACUUAACGAAAACUAUGUGAUUGAAAGGUUGUCCAAGAAAUAUGAUAUACAAAGCGAUGUGCAUGAUUUAACUGAAACCGAGAAAAUAGUUCUUGAUAGACUUGAUGUUAUACGUAAUAAUUACCCUCCAGUUGUCGAGUGCCUUCAUUGGAAAGUGGCUCACAUUUUCCUAUGCAAAGAAUUUGAUGAUUUCAAGGCUGGAAACUUACCUGGAUAUUCACUGAAAAUCAUGCCUAAGAAGCUGAAAUUCCUCAUGACAAACGAGCGGGUGCCAGACAAAACUAAGGACAAGGCCAGAGAAUUCAAUAAGAUAUUGAUGUGAAAAAAAUGUUCACAUACAAAAGUUGUAUGGAUAAUUACACAACUUAACUCAAAAUGAAAAUUACAUAAAGUAGUAGUUAUAUACGCUAUAUAAUUUGUAAUAGUUUUGUUACGAUUCAUCAUUACUGUUAUGGUUCUGGGAGUAUCAAUAUUCUUUAAAGUAUGUAUUGUCGUUCAAAAUGUUUGGUAUACUUAGACAAAUCAUGACACAAUUUUCUUUUUAAAUUGUUAUCUCAAAAUUAUCUCUUGAUUAAAAGUGUAACUAAUCCUGACUCAAUAAAAGUCUUUAUAAUUAGAAUGUUAUGUUCUUAAGCAGUCGUACACAAUGGAUUAAAGUGAAUCGCUUUUAAGCUACGCAUUGUACAUACAACAGUCUGGCAUGAAAAUGUUUAUCAUCAAAAAUCGCUAACACCGUAAAAACAUGUAUAUAAAUUAGAUAAACGAAAGAUACGAAAAAGAUACGAACUGAAAACAAUUUAACAACUAUCCAAAUUCUAAAUUAUUCUAACACUCCGUGCAAAGUUUGCUUUUCAGCUUUAAUGUCAUUCUUUUGCGAACAUAUUGUUUUUCACCUAGUAAAUGUAGGUGUAAGUGUCACGAAAUACGAAAAUGUUUAUCUACCAAAAUGAAAUCUCUCUAGAUGAUGUCUUUUUUUGCGUUGUUAUCAUGUACUGCAAAUUUAAUCUUAAUAUUCAGUCUUAAAUUAUUACAGUUUGACAAGUGUGUUUUUAAAGUUGUUAAGUGCAUGAAUGGGUAUCUAAUAUCUUUCUACACAUACACAAAACAUGUUCAGUUAAUUUCUUUCUUUCACAAUUCAGAUGUUUAAAAAAGCAUAUCCAAGUAAAUAACACCUCGCUGAUUAGAAAACAAUCAUUCGGAACACCACGCCGAUGACCAAUCAACACCUUAUCCGAAGUUUGACGGGAAAGGCAUGAUUACAUCAUACCAUAGUUUAUCUAUUUUAAAAAUAGAUUUAUUAUGGCAUUAUGCCAUUUUAUUAUCUCAAGUCAAAUAACCAAUGAAUGAUAUAGGUAGUUAAGAUAACCACAGUUUACCCGUUUAUCAUUAUACAUGUACACUUCAUUAUCAGAUAACUCAUGUAUGACUUAACGCUUAUUAUAUACGUUUUCAAUGUGCAAAUAUGUAAUACAUGUAAAUACAUGUUAUUCACAUUCAUUUGUACUUCGGGAGUGAAAAAUAAAACAUUUCAGUCUUGCUUGUAUGUCAGAUUUUGAUGAAGUAAGUGCCUCUAACUAGUUACUUGAGUGAUCGAAUAUGAAAAACACUAGGUUUUUAUAGGCACAUACUGAACGGUGUCCUUUUAUGAUUGAUCUUAAGUUACAAAUUAUUAUAGUUUAGAUUUGUAAAAAGCUAUAACAACAACAACAUUUUAUUUUGUACAUAAAGGCCUCCGGCCCAAAAUACAUAAUAUAAUCAAAACAGAUAUGCAUAUUUAGCUGUGUCUACAAUAUACGUUGUUAUAUAUGACAUGCUUUCCUAUUUAUAUUAAUUAUCAACAAUUUUCAUAAUUUCAUGAACAAAAAAAGCAAUAUUCUUUAUUUUUUCUUCAUUUUGAGUUUUAAUCAAAUUACAAAAAUUAUGGAAUGUAUAAUCAUGACUGUACCAUGGAGAUAUAUAACGUUGUCUUUGUUGGGAAAAUCUGUUACAAAUAAAAAAUACAUGAAAUUCAUCUUCGAUGAACGAAUUGUUAUAAUUUUGCAAACAGUGAUGACAAAUUCGCUCAUAUCUUGGUAUACCCAAAUGUCGUCCACUUUAUAUAUAUAAUUUAUGACUAGAACGUCUAAAUCUCGAUAAUGAUCUUUUUACAUAAAAUGGCAUAUCAAUAGAUAAAUACUUUUCAGGAUUAUAGAUUUGAAAAAUUUAUAGGUGUCACAUCGGGGUGAAUUCUGAAUUUCUUCCAUCCAAUUUUGUGUUUUACAAUCAAUAGUCCUUUGUUUAAAAUGAAACAACAAAUAACUAGAUUGAUAUCCCCAAUUUCUUGACUUAGCCACACAAAGCCAAACCCAUAAGUAUACAAUAAGUUUUUUACUGAAGUUGCCCAAUUUUUCUUUCCAACAUUAUCUUGUCUAGUUAACAUCAAAUAACAAUUUCUAGGAUAUCUGUGUUCUGGCAUACAAAGAAGUUUACACCAAUAUUUGAUAAUUUUUACAUGACGAUCAAUACAUGAAGGAAUCCUUCCACAUUCUCCCAGUGCAACAUUAUCAUUAACAGAAUAAUAUACACCUAGAAAAUCUUUACAAUAUUGUAUUUGAACUUGUUCAAGAAUUUCGGAGAUUUCACUUCGAAAAAUUUCGGCCAUAGGUAAGUAUAGGUUUUACCAUAGAGUCAAAUUAUUUAAAAUAAUCAGAAUGUAAGAACUUUCCUUUCUUUUGAUAUGAUUAAAUAGCAUAAAUAUAUUUCCUAGCUUGUGCAGCAAGUUUAGUUUUCGCCUUUGUCCAAGAUAAUUUAGGUGUAAAUAAAAAACCCAUAUAUUUGUUCAUUGAGGUAACAUUUACUGAACUGCCGUUGAAGAACAAAUUUUCAUAUGAUCUGAGCGGUCCUCCAUUUCUAAAUACAAUAAUUUCAGUUUUAUUCUCAUUUAUAGACAUACCGGUAUUAUUACAAAAUUCUGAAAUUGAAUUUAAUUGAGACUGAAGUUCGUUUGCAGUAUCGGCGCAAUUUACAACAUCAUCAGCGAAAAGAAUGCAUAAUAUAUCGGGAAUUUUAUCCGUAAUGAAUAUACCGCGAUGUCCCCUUAUUACGCAGAAAGGGAGAUAUCUCAUUUAUAUACAGGUUAAACAUAAUCGUACUUGUUACGUCCCCUUGUCUUGUACCUAUGUUACAUUUAAAAUAUUCUGUAGUUUUGGCAGUACUAACUUGUACACAUCCACGCAGUUUUGAGUAUAUGAGCACGAAACAAAUGACAUGAACAGAACACGAAACAAAUUCCCCCUAACGCCACAUCUGUUAUUGAAUAAAUUAAAAUGUUUAAGUCCAUCAAAUGCUUUUUUAAAAUCUACAUAAUGAAUAUAAAAUCGUCCACCGGAUUUGCUGAUAUAUUUCUGUACCGUACUUUGUAAUAUAAAAAUAUUAUCAAUUGUAAAGUAACCAGCUCGAAAUCCGGCUUGGGAUUCAUCUAUUUUAUCAAAUUUCUCAGCCAAAAUAUAUAACCUAUCAUAUAUAAUAUUAGAAAAUAUCUUAUACAUAACAUUGAUUAAGGAAAUUCCUCUAUAAUUAGAAGGGUCAUCUUGAGGCCCAGACUUGUACACGGGUACUAUUAAACAAUCCCUCCAAAUAUCUAGGAAAACCCCAUUACUAAAUAUCCUAUUAAACAAUUUACAAAGGACAGGUGCGAUUAAUGACGAAGUAUUUUCAUAGAAUUCUGCUCCGAUGCCAUCACUUCCCUGUGAUUUUCCACAUUUCAAUUUAUUUAUACUUUCGAUGACUUCACCAGAAGAAAUUUCAGAAUUUAAAUACAGAUUUUCCUCAUCAGUAUUAACUCUAAAGUCCUAAUUACUUUCAAAUAUAUUAGGCUGGUUACUUUUCAAUAAUAACUCAUGAAAAUAAUCAAACCAAGGUACCGUAUCUAUCAAUGAAGAUUGUUAAUUUAUAUUACCAUUUCUAGAUUUUAACAGUUUCCAAAAGGCUUUGGGGUUUGAUCGUAACGUAAUUAGUUGAUCGCGCUUAGACUUUUGGUAAAGAUACUUUUUAUAGCACGUUUUUCAAAACGUUUUCGGAGCGCUACACAUUGUUGAAAGUCUUAUAUGUUAUUAGUCCAGCAAAAUCGUCGUAGAGCUGCGUAUUUAAGCUGCUUAGUUGUUUCACAUUCUCGAUCCCACAAGGGUUAAUUAUUAUUUACACUAUUUCGCGCUAAAUAUCUUACGCGCAUAUUUGCUGAUGAUUUGUUAUAAAUAUUAAUGAUAUGAUGACUUGUAUUGUUUAUAUUUAGAUCUAUUUCAUUAAGUACAUUCUCUCGUAUAGAAUUAUACUCCGCGGUAAAUAAUUGUAAGAAAUUCGCCAUAUACCUAUCAUUUCAUCUAUAAUUGUCGACAUGCACUUCAUUAAAGGUUUCAUUUUUCUUAUAAUAUUUAACAAAUGGUUGCCCUCGCUCUAAAGUCAUUUUUGCACAAAUUGGUAAAUGAUCUGAUUCGUGACGCUCUUCAACGUUAAAAAUAUCAGACUAGACAAUAUGAUAGUAAAUAACACUUGCUCCAUUGUAAGUUAAACAAGUAAAAUUACAUGCAACUUCAUUGUACAAACGACCAUUUAAAAUGUGUGCCGAGUCCGUUUGAUGUAAGUGGCCGCCUUUUUUUAAAAGUUGUGUAUUUCACGGGAAGAAAAUAAUUGUGUCUGAUUCAGAGGGAUGCCAUUAGGAUUUGUUAGUCAUACAUCUUUUUAGAAGAAAGAAAACUUAUUUGAGGAUUGUUACAGACAAUAAUAAUUGUUGACUGGUGUGUACACAUUCAAAGAGUGGCUUGGAAAUUGGAAAACAUGGAAUUACGUACGCUGGGUUCUUUACUUAUUCUUCGUGCUUAUGACUGUCAUUGCUUUUCAAGUAGACAAUUAUUGCUCGUAGAAUACUUUAAUA